GUUUGAAUAUUUGUUGUUGUUUAAUUUUAUCACAAAAAGAAUGGCAUCUGCGUCCACAGCUCAUAAAUUAAUAAUUCGGUCAACGAGAAAACUUCAAUAAAAAAAUGGAAUCUGAACCGGUAAUUGUGGUAGAUCAAGAAAAUUGUUUUAAUGAAGAAGAUGAAGAUAUAGAUGAUGUGGCCGGAAAUGGGCAAGGAUGUCCUGAUGAUCCUCCACAGGACCCCUUUUUUCUAUCGCCUUUUAGAGACAUGCGGAAACGCUCAUUACCAACACCACAAUGCACAUCGGGAAUAACUGCUAGUCAAGUGCGAAGAUUGAGCGAUCAAGGAGCGGCCGGUGCGGCUGCCCGGGAAAAGGCAUUCUUAGCCACGUUAACCAAGGCACCCGGGCCCUACACACCAGGUCGCCGACAUUCGGUUAUCACAAUAUCAAAGGCACCUAUGCCGUUGUUCGGCCGCAAUAGACGCGAAUCGAUUGCCGCAUUCCCCAGCAAAGGUCCGAGGGUGAACCGCAGGGAUUCAUCCGGUGGUGCUACGCCGUCACCCACCGGUAGUCAAUUUAACUUGCAGCUGGACAUUAUGGAUGACAUAGCCGAUAUCAAGGCGGCGCGGAAGGUCAGGAUGAAGAUGUGGCAAACUGAGGACAAAGAAAAAAUGUGCGAACUCCAAUCGAUGGACGGCGAAAACAAGCAAAUGUCUAGGUUCAAGGAGGCCAGGAGGUAUUCCAACAUCGACGUGUGCGAAAAAAUUGCUCCACCCAUACCGGCUCGACGACGCGCGUCUGAGCUGCCUUCCAACGCCACACUGCAAGCCGGCAAGUCAUCGGCGGCGGCUGCGUCGUCUCAAUCGUCCGGAAUAGUGUGCACGAACACCGAUCUGCUGUCGAUAAUGAACUCGUUGAAGUCGUCGGCCUCAAAAGCGUUGCAGUCGACCAAAGGCAGCCCGCGGCCACAACGGGGCAGCAGCAAGACCACGGACAGCAUUCCUGGCGGCGGCGGCGUCGACCGUCGUCGGGACGUGCUGCUCCGGUCCGGUCGGUCCAACAGCGUGGACGUGGCCAACAUAGGCGCGGCGGCGGCUAUGGCGGCCGCGGCCGCCGGCAACAGCACUAAGAACUGGUUCAGAAAAAUGUCCACCCGCACGGCGACCGCGGUGACGAUGGGCGGCCAGCGGGCGGCGGACGCCGAGUGCGCGGAACAGCGUCUGGCCACUGCCGGCGGCGAGUACGUGGUACAAAAGUCGCCGGUCGUCGUGACGUUCGCCGACGAACGGCCCAAGGUGUCGCUGUUGAUCGACCCGGUGCAGGCCGGUUGCAAACCGGACAAACACGCGGCGCCGCCGCUGUCCCCGCCGCCGCCGCCGCCACCGCCGCCACCGCCGUCGUCGUCGUCCGCGGCCGGCCAGAAACCGGCACCCGGCGGCGGCGGCGGCGGCGACGUGGUGAUGUGGGACCGGCCCACCGGUUCGGUGGUCGACGCCGAGGUGCUGGGCACGGCCAUCGAGGGCUUCUUGGCCGCCAAGAAGUCGGGCGACAGCGCGGACACGUCGCCGACCGCCGCCGACGGCGAGCUCCACGAACGCCUGCAGCAGCAGUCCGGCGGCGGCAGGCCCGCGGCCAAAGCGGCCGCCGACUCGAACGCGGCCACCCGCACGUGCGACACGUCCAUCUGUUCGUCGCUCAAAGAUCUCUUCGUCAAAUAGCUAUAAGACCGCUCGUGUCGGUCUGUGUGUAAUUAACAUCACUGCACUGUUGUUUAAUUACGACUAAUCGUUAUCGCGUUGACAAUGUGGACUGUAAUAUUAAUUAUGCAUGCUUUAUACACACGAAAAAUUCUCCCCCCGGUGAGCGAUCCCCGCCCGCGCGUGGUACGCGGUGCCCGGACUUUCGAGAUCGGUUUUUUAAUUAACAUCGCUCGCAACUGUUUUGUAAA